AUGCUGGAACAUGGGGUCCAGCCGAACAUUGCAACAUUUGGUAUGCUAAUGGUACUUUACCAGAAGGGAUGGAAUGUUGAGGAGGCAGAGUUUACUUUUUUUCAAAUGAGGAACUUUGGAAUUUUAUGUCAAUCUGCGUACUCGUCAAUGAUCACAAUUUACACCCGCUUGAAUUUAUUUGAAAAAGCAGAAGAGAUCAUUGGCUUAUUGAAAGAAGAUAGAGUGAGACUGAAUCUGGAUAAUUGGUUGGUAAUGAUUAAUGCUUAUUGUCAGCAGGGUAAAGUAGAUGAUGCUGAACUGGUAUUGGUCUCCAUGCAAGAAGCAGGGUUUUCUCCAAACAUUAUUGCAUACAAUACAUUGAUAACUGGAUAUGGGAAGGCAUCUAAAAUGGAUGCUGCUGAUCACCUAUUUCAGGGCAUAAAGAAUGCUGGAUUAGAGCCCGAUGAAACAACUUACCGUUCCAUGAUUGAAGGUUGGGGUCGAGCUGACAAUUAUAAGGAAGCAGAAUGGUAUUAUAAAGAGCUCAAGCGGUUAGGGUACAAGCCUAAUUCGUCUAACCUGUACACACUAAUAAACUUGCAAGCCAAACAUGAGGAUGAAGAGGGGGCCAUAAGGACGCUUGAUGAUAUGCUGACAAUGGGGUGCCAAUAUUCCUCAAUUCUUGGUACUCUUCUGCAAGCAUAUGAGAAGGCUGGAAGGGUUGAUAAAGUGCCUCGCCUUUUGAGAGGUUCUUUUUAUCAACACAUUCUUGUCAGCCAGACUUCUUGUUCCAUUCUUGUCAUGGCUUAUGUGAAACACUGCUUAGUGGAUGAUACUAUGAAAGUGUUGAGGGAGAAACUGUGGAAGGAUCCACCUUUCGAAGAUAACUUGUAUCAUUUGUUAAUUUGCUCGUGUAAAGAGUUGGGUCAUCUAGAGAAUGCUGUUAAAAUAUACAAGCAAAUGCCCAGAUAUGAUGACAAGCCAAACAUGCACAUCAUGUGCACAAUGAUUGACAUCUAUAUCAUCAUGGGUCUAUUCACUGAAGCAGAGAAAAUUUAUGUCGAGUUGAAAUCUUCUGGAGUCGCCUUGGACAUGAUUGCCUAUAGCAUUGCUGUAAGAAUGUAUGUAAAAGCUGGUGCUUUGAAAGAUGCUUGCUCUGUUCUAGACACAAUGGACAAACAGGAGGGCAUUGUUCCAGACAUUUAUAUGUUCCGAGAUAUGCUUCGUAUUUAUCAGCGAUGUGGAAGGCUUGAUAAGUUGAAAGAUCUCUACUACAAACUCUUGAAGAGUGGAGUGACUUGGGAUCAGGAAAUGUACAAUUGUGUCAUAAACUGCUGUUCUCGUGCUUUGCCAGUUGAUGAGAUCUCGGAGAUUUUUGAUGAGAUGCUUCAACGUGGGUUUGUUCCUAAUACCAUCACCUUCAAUGUCAUGCUCGAUGUAUAUGGGAAAGCAAAGCUUCUGAAGAAGGCUAGGAAGUUGUUCUGGAUGGCCCAAAAGUGGGGUUUGGUUGAUAUGAUCUCUUACAAUACUAUUAUAGCUGCUUAUGGGCGAAAUAAAGACUUAAGAAACAUGUCUUCGACAUUUGGAGAGAUGCAGUUUAAAGGAUUUUCAGUUUCCCUUGAAGCAUACAAUACUAUGUUGGAUGCUUAUGGGAAAGAGAGCCAAAUGGAGAGAUUUAGAAGCGUUUUGCAGAGAAUGAAGGAAACAAGCUGUGCUUCGGAUCACUACACGUACAACAUUAUGAUCAAUAUCUAUGGAGAGCAAGGAUGGAUUGAUGAAGUUGCUGACGUGCUGACUGAGUUGAAAGAAUGUGGACUCGGACCUGAUCUGUGCAGCUAUAACACGUUGAUUAAGGCAUAUGGAAUUGCGGGAAUGGUCGAAGAUGCUGUACAUUUGGUCAAGGAAAUGAGAGAAAAUGGUAUACAGCCCGAUAAGAUAACCUACAUCAAUCUCAUUAAUGCACUGCGAAAAAAUGAUGAAUAUUUGGAGGCUGUAAAGUGGUCCCUGUGGAUGAAGCAGAUGGGGUUGUAA